CCGACGGCCUUGCGCAAAAGGAAGAAGGGCUGGGCUGCCAGUGAGCAGCGCCGGGCGCCCUCGACGCCGGUCGAUCCGCCCGCGGCUGGCAUGGUGCGGCCGCCGCCCGGGUGGCAUGGCGACCUGGAAACGGGACAGCCGUCUGACGGCGCUGCAGCGGUUCGGCUGCGCCGGAGUGGCCGGAGCCAUGAGCCUCAGCGUGGCGGCGCCGCUGGAAGUGCUGACCGUCCUGGCCCAGGUGGGCACUCGGCCCUCUCGCCCGGGGCUCUGGCGGACGGGGCGCAGCCUGUGCAGGGCCGAAGGCAUCGGCGCUCUUUGGAAAGGCAACCUCACGGCCUGCUUGCGGCUCCUGCCCUACAGCGUCCUGCAACUCGCCUCCUAUCGCAGGUUUGUCAUGCUGUUUGUGGAUGACUUGGGACACAUCUCCCAGUGGAGCUCAAUCAUGGCAGGUGGCUUGGCUGGCGUGGUGGCAGCUGUUGCGACUUAUCCAACUGAGGUCAUAAAAACGCGUCUCAUCGUGCAGGACCGAUUGAAGCCUUCCUACAAAGGAAUCCUCCAUGCUCUGUACCUGAUUUACCAUCAGGAGGGAGUUGUUGCACUUUAUCGUGGAGUUUCUCUGUCUGUAUUAGGGGCUAUUCCAUUUUCCAUUGGUUCCUUCCUUGUUUACACCCAUCUGGAUACAAUCUGGGGGGACCCCAGCCUCCGUUUCACUCCAUUACAAAACUUCAUCAACGGUUGCUUGGCAGCUGGUGUUGCACAGACUCUUUCUUUCCCCUUUGAAACUGUCAAGAGAAAAAUGCAGGCUCAGAGUCCUUGGCUCCCCCACAAUGGAGGCGUAGACGUCCAUUUUGCUGGCUUAGUAGACUGUUUUAAGCAGACGGUAAAGACUAAGGGAGUGCUUGCCCUUUGGAAUGGGCUCACUGCUAACUUACUCAGGGUUGUCCCUUAUUUUGGGGUUAUGUUCAGCACUUUUGAGUUCUGCAAGAGAGUCUGCUUGUAUCAAAACGGUUACAUUGAUUCACCUUUGAGCUACAAGUUAACACCAGGUGUGGAUCAGAGUUUACAACCCCGAGAGCUGCAAGAAUUAAAACUUCUUAAAAGAAGAAACGCUUAAGUCCCAAAAAGCAUUCUCUGGAACUUUGGAUGUUGCGAAAUGGACAUUGUGGGUUGUUUACCAGUCUUCAGUGGGGAAUAGAAGUGAAGACACUAGCUUAAAACCUCUUGUUUGUAAAACCAGCUUUCCACAAUUGAUGAUUCUCCAAUCCAGAUGCUGCUCAACAGCCACGAAUUGUGGCCUGGCAAGAGCUGGGCUCACUUUCCCUUUUUACAGUCCCAGGUAGAAUGCCACAUUAUGAAGCCUGUAAUGGGCCACUUUUUGUGGAUGCUGGUCUACAUUCCUUUGAGAUAUAAACUAUGCAGAUGAUUCUGUAAGCAGAUAGUGUGUGCCUGUUGUCAUAAAAUGACUACAAAUAGUGCAUCAGUCUUAUCUGCAGAAAAAGGCAACACUGAACACUUUUUCUAGAAACAUUGGAAUGGGAAAUUGAGGAUUGAAUACUUUGCUUUGAAAUAGAAAAUUUGUUAUUUAAAAAUAAAAGCAUACACAAAAAGAUAAUAAAAAACACAAACACUGAAAACAUGCUUGAAACUUCCUAUUUCUGAGAAUACAGUGUUUUUUUUUAAAAAAAACUUUAAAAGUCUUGCUUUUAAAGUGGGGGAAGACAAUCGGGAACUGUGGUAGUUGGAAAAUUUACAGGUGGAUUCUGCCCUUAGAUUUAAAGCACAUGGUGGAUUACCCACAAGAAGGAUGCAAAGGUAUGGUACCAUAAUGGAAUACUUAACAAACAUAAAACUCAGUGCACCUAGAAAACUAGCAUAGGGAGAAGGCUCACAGAAUCCUUGAAAAGCUAGCUUUCCACAAGUGGGGAGUUAAAGUGGAAAGAGGAAAAGUUAAUUAUGCAAUUUCAGCAGGGCUGUACCUUGUGAUGUUUUUGAAUGUGGGGGAUGGCUCUUUCAAGAGUAUUUUGUGGCAGAUCAUGCUAUACUUUUAUAUGCACUGCAGAGAGCAGAAAACUUGCUGCUGCAUCUGUAUAUGAAUUUUAAACUUAAGAGGACUUGCAGAAUGAGUCACUGCACUUUCGAUGAAAAUGCCAAAAUGUAUGGUAAAAUAAUUCCACCUCUUUCCGGUUCAUGGUAUAUUUCUGAACAUGUAUCCAUGAUUCACCAUAGGGAAAAAAGUAACUGUUUGUAUAUUUCAGCCAUUGUAGUUGUAUCCAUAUUCCUGUCAACAAUUGCACUUCCAGUCUUUGGAGUGUUUUUUGCUUUCUGUUUUGUCCAGAUGCAUUUGAUAUUAAACGUACCUUUCCCAGAUAACAAA